AGCCAGCCACGCAGUCGUGCGUCGUGCUUCUAUUUUUACACUAAAAAGCUAUUUUUGAGCAGGGGCCGCACCAGCGUGCUUUUACACUCUCGGCUGCAGAGAAGACAGUAUAAGAAGCUGUGGGCGACGACAGCUCCGAGUACUUCUGUCUCGUUUUCCGCGCCGCCGUCAUGUCAAUGCGCAAUUGCGCAGCGAGGAAGCCCUCAGCUGUGAGACCAGUGGCAUGACAAGGGUGCUUGAAAACUACCGCAGCGCCCCACCAGCACAAGCCUCCCGCUGUGACCCCGUUCCCAUGACACGGAGCCUGAGAUCUCCUCAUGGUAAUCAGGUGAGCUGCGUGAAUCCUUCGCCGCGGACGCUGCCGGAGAGACCGCUCCGUUCACUGGAGGCGUUUGGUGCUCGGGGAGCGAGAGAAUGACAGUGUGCUGGACACUCACGAUGACAGUUCGCAUCAGGACUGUGGAUGCACUCAGCAGAAGAGUGGAUAUUUGAGAGGAAGCACCAUGGACGCAGCGGACAUAGUUGCUUCCGUGUUGGUUUUGGGGAUUAUUAUCGUGUCGCUGCUGUCCAACGUUGUGGUGCUGAUCUGCUUUCUGUACAACCCGGAGAUCCGCAGACAGGUACCCGGUCUCUUUAUUCUCAACUUGACGUUUUGCAACCUGUUGCUAAGCGUGUCCAACAUGCCACUAACUCUGGUCGGGCUCAUCACCACGGGCCACCCCGGAGGCAGCGGCUUCUGUCAGGUUGUGGGUUUCCUCGACACUUUUCUCACCACGAACUCCAUGCUCAGCAUGGCAGCCCUCAGCAUCGACCGGUGGGUCGCUGUGGUGUUCCCGCUGAGCUACCACUCCAGAAUUCGGCACCGGGACGCAGUGAUCGCGCUCGGAUACACGUGGAUACACUCGCUCUGCUUCUCCACCGUGGCCACCUGCCGCUCCUGGGUCGGGUACCACCACCUUUACGCAUCGUGCACUCUCUGCAAUGUGCGGGCGAAGGGAGCCGGGACCCAGUUUAUCAUUUUCACCGUGGCUUUGCACUCUCUCACGUUCCUCCUCACGCUCAUCGUGAUGUGUGUCACGUAUCUGAAAGUGCUGAAAGUUGCGAGGUUUCACUGUAAACGCAUCGACGUGAUCACUAUGCAGACGCUGGUGCUGCUUGUGGAUAUUCACCCCAGCGUGCGACAGAAAUGCUUGGAUGAGCAGAAGCGGAGGCGGCUGAGGGCCACCAAGAAGAUCAGCACGUUCAUCGGCACAUUCGUGGUGUGCUUCAGCCCGUAUGUCAUCACAAGAAUUGUGGAGCUCUUCCUCCCAGGGCCCAUAAGCCCUCACUGGGGCGUGCUGUCCAAGUGUUUGGCCUACAGCAAGGCAGCAAGCGACCCGUUCGUCUACUCACUGCUGCGUCACCAGUACAGGAAGACCUGCAGCCUGCUGGCUAACAAAGUCCUCAAGAGGAGUCCGCUCAACUCCUCCUCCCUCAGGAUGGAGAACAACGGGGGAAGGAGCAACGGCAACUCCAGCGCAAUCAACAACACUCAACCGCAGACCAACAACACUCAACUGCAGACCAACAACACUCAACCGCAGACCAACAACACUCAACCGCAGACCAACAACAUCCACCCGACAACCAACAAGCUUGUUGGCCAGUGAAGGUCAUCACUUUCAGAGACAAUUCAGGUACUUUAUCAUGCGAGGAGGCAUGAUCGAUCUCUGUGUGACGGUGCAACAUCAGAGUUGAACAAGCUUGUCUCUUGAUUACGUGUUGAAGUACAAGGCUGGCAAUGUUCUAUACUUUUCUGAUCAUCAACAGCAUCCCACCAAAAGGACCCUCUUCAUCUUUCCCAGCCUGCCUGUGGCACUCAUUCUUUCCUGCAGAUGACAUAAGACUUAAAAAUAGGUCACAAAUAAAUCCAUUCAUUCUCGAAGGAGGUUAAAUAAUUUCCCGCAGCAGCUCGGCACUGCAGAGUUUUUGCAAACGCUCAAAAGAUGCACACGCAGGAGACAUCAGAUGUGGUCCACUGAAAAAAAAUCUAUGGCUUAGCUACGAGCCAAUGUUACACUAGCAGGAGUCAAAGUACAUGAUAGUGUAUACAGUGGAGAUUUGUAUUAAGUUACAGAGCAUGUGUACAGUCAGCUGCAGCCUGAUGUAACUCAUUGACCAACUAACGAAUGGGAUGUGAGAUAAUCACCUGAUACCAGUUCAUCAGGACAGUGUGCAGCUACUUUUUGCAGCUUGUGUUUGUUCAGAGGGUUGCAGGAAUAAGAUUUUAGCUGAAUUGAAUUGUAAAAGGAGGCUUGUCGCUAUGGUUACUCAUUUUAGAUACAGGCUAACGGCAUUAAUCUAGAACGCUGAACAGACAGUUUCACAGGAACUACUUUGUGGCUCCGUACGUACUGUAGAUGCAGCCAAUCAGAGCUGAGUGUCCACUCAGACGACACAUAACUCGAGAUAAACUACAGUUGGCAUGUUCACAUGGUGGAAUCACAGGUACUGUUCAAAUCAUUGACAAUUCAAUCAAUUCAUUUUCAAUCAGUUCAUUGAGAAAUACAGAAUCUCGCCUGCCUUGUCCUUCAAAGAAGAGCAGACCGACCACUUUUGUAGGUUGUGUGUAGAUUGGAAUGAGAUUUCAUUACCAGUGUAAUACAGUCGUUUUCUGCAAAGAGUGACAGUUUCUAACGAGAUGAUUUUGUAGCAUACUAGUAAUUUUUGUGUCUCUGUAAGAAUUCAUGUCAUUAAACGCACAACCUGUGAUGUGAACAAGAGUGUGGCCCCAUCUCCAAACCUCACUCCCAAAUUGAUUAGAGGAUCUUUUAUGUAGACUAAUGGUGCGUUCAGAUCGAACGUUUGCGUGAGUUAUAUUGUGGGAUCAUUUAUAUAUUACUAAUAUUAUUAUUGUUCCCCAAACAGCCAGAACACUGUCAUUCAGUGACCAACAGCAUGCAUGGAGGGUGUGUAUCUAUGUGUCUCUCAGCAGUAUUCUUUCUUCCUCUCCCCUCUCCUUCUCAUAAAAACAAAGUACAUCUCCCCUCCAGAUCCAUUUAGCUGCAGUCAGCGCAGUCCAACACUCAGACAACAGAGGUCACCUCAGCAGAUCGCUGCUGCAGUCAGGUUGAUCAACAGGAGUGAAGAGGAAUCAACUGUUUUAAUCUCAAAAAAGUUCAAAACCCGACAACACACGUGCACACGUUUUUUGCAGAAAGUUAAAUGUGUUCAACUGGCAAGAAUACGCACUCCUCACGUAUGCAUCUUUGUAUGUAAUCUAGAUUGGGAAACACUUGCCUCGCGUACGGUCUGAAUGCCCCGUAACAAUAAACUACAGUUUUAGAUAUUAAUAUUGAUGCUAAGUUUGGUAUAAAUCAGUUUCAUACCUUUCAUUACCUCAAGUCAGUAUAGUUGUAAAUGACAUUGUCUAAAAAAAAAAAAAAAUCACUGUUUGGGCCUUUAAAUCUGAAUAGUUUUACAUCCCAUCUGAUUCGAUUAAAGCAUAACAUGUGACCUCAGUGGUGACUCUCUCCGGCUGGAUCAAGUAGUUUUGGCUACUGUGUUAAAGGAAUAGUACAAAGUAAAUGAUGAUGUUGACGCCGCAGUCACGUUGCGGCGCGCCACGCUGAUGGUUUGAAUUGACAUCACCAUAUGUUGUAGCUGUGAGGCCUGAGUUCUAAAGUGCCUUUUUUUAGACCAUGAGCUCUCUAAUCGAAUCAAAACAGAGUAAAAAAACUCUUUUCACAUUCUGUCAUCUGCUUGGUAUUCUGUGCUGUGGUGAAGCGUGAUAAUAGAGCCUGUUAACGCGGUAGGGUCAAAGUGCAAGAACGUUUUUCAAGUAAUGUUUAUUUUGUAUACCACCACAUCUUAUUGGUACAUCAGGCAAAAACAGGGUGAAAUAUUAUUUGAAUGUGGUAGCAACUAUUCAGUGAUGUGUAAUUAACAUUCCAGCUCAUGCUGUAUGAGCGGCCAUGUGACGUCUGGGUUGCUAAAAUGAUUCAUUUUGGACAACACUGGCGAAUCAGGAUGUUGUGUUUUUACUUUACUGUGACAGUAUGAAGCCUUUAAAAAACAUAAAAUCUAUUUAUUUUUGUCAAAUCUGUGUCUGAUUUUUUGCUAAAUACGUUUGUGAAUAUAUU